UGGAACAUAACAUUUGUAAACAGAGGUCAGCCACAGUGAUGGGUGACCGUAGAACUCUAAACAACCAGUUUACACCUAGCGUAGGGUUACGACUUUUCGAAUUGAUAUAUUCAUUUUUCUGCCUCGGCUAAUAUUACACCCGCUCCCAUAUGGGAGAUGACAGCUCCUAAUCUCCAUGAGACGCCCUCGUUAUCUGAAAUCCGUCUCCGGACAGAGCAAAAAUUCGGUGUUCGCCCGUGUCUGUGGCAGCUCAAAGUAGCGCGUGCGCUUCUCCAAGGCAACCAGGAUGUACUGUGUAUUGCAGGGACUGGGAUGGGGAAGACACUGGGCUUCUGGAUUCCAUUACUGUUCCGUGUCAAUAGCAUUCAGUUGGUUGUUACCCCAUUGAACUUACUUGGUAAACAAAAUGCCACAUCUCUCGCCAAGGCUGGAAUCCGCGCCAUAGCUAUUAAUGCAGAAACUGCUAGUGCUGCAAAUUUUUCGGCAAUCAAAGCCUUGAAAUACCGCGCCAUUGCAGUUAGUCCUGAGCAGAUCAUGAAACCGAACGGCGACUUUGAAAAACUUCUCAAAGACCCGCUUUUUUCUCGUUACCUUGUGAGUAUCGUUAUCGAUGAAGCGCACUGCAUCACUGAAUGGGGAGAGUUCCGUCCGGAAUAUCGAGAAUUAGGCCGCCUUCGUUACAUCCUGCCAUCAAAUGCGUUAAUCAUGAUCACUUCCGCUACCCUCACGAAAGCAUCGCUGACAAGUACCACCCGACUUCUCCAUAUGCAUGCUGACAAGAUGAUUACAAUACGUCGCUCAAGUGACCGCCCGAACAUCAAGAUUGGAGUCAAAAAAAUCAAACACGCACUGAAUAGCUAUGCCGAUCUUGCUUUCCUCAUUCCGACGGGCUGGAAGGUUGGUGAUCCCCCGGUGCAGAAGUUCUUGAUCUUUUUUGACAGCAUCCCGGAUGCCAUAAAUGCGACUCUAUACCUGCGCAAAUGCUUACCAACCAAUAUGCAAGAUAAGAUUAAGUGGUUCAAUGCGGACAUGACAGGAGGGUACAAAGAUGCGGAGCUCACGAACCUUAUAUCGGGAGAUACGUGGGGCUACUGCACAACAGAUUCCAAUCAGGGAAUGGAUGUUCCCGACAUCAUGCUAAUUAUUCAGUGGCGAGCAUCAUGCAAGCUAUCCACUCUUUGGCAGUGGUUUGGGCGUGCAGUACGGGAUCAAAGCCUUCUGGGCACUGCAUUGUUGUUCGCAGAGAAGGAGCACUUUGAUGAUGAACGACAAGCUAAACUGGCGAGAAAAAAGGCAUGGGAGGCGACGCGGAAGAGAAAGGGUGAUAACUUACCUACAUCAACGUCGAAGCGCCGUGCCGUGAAUCCGUCAAAUUCUCAGGCGGGCGAUUCCCGCGCACUGCAGACUAUCAGCAAUGGCAAUGGUAAUGAGUCUGAUGAGUCUGAUGAGGAUGUUAUACCUCCCAUAGAUGCAGGCCUGCAGGGGUUAAAGGACUUGGCGAAGGACGCUGGAGAACCUGUGCAGAAAUAUAAUGGAAAGCGACAAAAGCCGAGUCUUGAUCCAUCAAUGGAUUAUCUGAUUAACGCGGAGAAAUGUACUGGACUGAUGUGCCGCAGGAAGGUCUUUGACAUUAGCUUUGAUAACGACACUGCUGAUUCCGACCAUUUGGACUGCAACACCGAGCAAGCAUCAGGGUGUGAAAGGUGCUGCCUCUCUCAACCGACUAUCUGCUGCGAUAUCCACCACCCCGAUCAUUUUACCCAGUACACUUCUCAUAUUGAAAAACCAACAACGAUGCCUCAGCGCUGCCGCAUUACCAAGUACGAGAAGACCACAAAAGACUUCACCUUCCAAGACGCACUAGAUGAGUGGCGUGAGCAGAAGACAGUUGAGGUAUAUGGCUGGUAUCACCUCAACGACCUCGGCCCUACUGUUGUCAUGCCAAACGCUAUGUUGGAUCGCAUCGUCGACUGCGUACAUCACCACAAGAUCCAGAACAUCCUUGAUUUGAAGAAGGAGACGGGUUGGACAGAUGUAGAGAACUUUGGGGAGGAGGUUAUUACUCUUAUCAAGAAAUAUAUGCCGCUCCCCCAUCCUGUGCUAUUCACAACAACACCACUUACUAGGCCUGGACCUGUCCAACCUCAACCUCUUGCCCCAGUCCCUGCCGCUGUUGAAAGACGAAGGAACCGGUGUAGUGCUUGCAGUCUUGAAGGACAUAAUGCCCGCAAUCGUGUGUGCAAUAGGCACCCAUCACGCUCAGGACAGAACAAAGAGAAUGCUACAACACUCACAUCCACGCUCACACUCGCUCAAGGCAGUCGUACAGCUUAGACUCGUAAUAAUGUUUAUACUAUAGCUCCAUUAAUAUGUCCUCAAUUUCCGCCCCC